GGGAAAAACAAUUCAAACGUCACGACUCUUAACCAAUCAGAAGUUAUAUUUGCAAAUCAUGUGACUUACACCGCCUCCGUCACACAUGGACGUGUGGAGAGUGGGGGGGUUAUGUUCGGAAUGGUUUGGGAAAAAAUGACGAUUUUAUGAAAGAAUCGAAUAAUUUAGAUAGGUCUAUAGUUUAAUUUUAGGUUGUGUGGAUAUCAAUUUGUGAAAAUGGCUUUCGAGCUGAGACUUCACAGUCCAGCUGGAGGUGAACCGGCGGUUUAUCAGUGGCCACUAUCAACAUCGGAUAAACAUGACGGGGCCAUUGAAAUCGUCGAAACGAUCAGAUGGGUCUGUGAAGAUUUUCCUGAAUUGAAAUUGGCUAUGGAAAAUUAUGUUUUACAUGAUUAUGAUACAAAAAGUUAUGAAAGUAUGAAGACUUUAUGUGAAAAAUAUAAUAGAGCAAUUGACAGUGUUCUUCAGUUGGUUUAUGGAGAAACAUCAUAUGAAUUUAUAGCACAGAUGAUAAACGAAUUUGAAAUUGACGAUGAUGAUGUAUUCAUAGACCUUGGAAGUGGAGUUGGGCAAGUAGUAUUACAAAUGGCAGCAGCAACAUCAUGUAAAUUGUGUGUUGGUAUAGAAAAAUCUGAUGUACCAGCAAAAUAUGCUGAGACAAUGAAUACACAUUUUAGGUUUUGGAUGAAAUGGUAUGGGAAAAUACAUGGAGAGUACAAGCUUAUUAAAGGUGAUUUUCUGGAAGAUAAAUAUAAAGAAGUAAUAAUGAAUUCUUCAUUAAUUUUUGUAAAUAAUUUUGCAUUUGGACCAAGAGUUGAUCAUAUGUUAAAAAUGAGAUUUGCUGAAUUAAAAGAUACAGCAAGAAUCGUUUCUUCAAAAGCCUUCUGUCCUCUUCAUUUUCGUAUAACUGAUAGAAAUUUAAGUGAUAUUGGGACAAUAAUGCAUGUUAGAGAAAUAACACCUCUUAAAGGAUCUGUAUCUUGGACUGGUAAACCUGUUUCAUAUUUUCUUCAUACAAUCGAUAGGACAAAAUUGGAGCAUUAUUUCCAAAGAACAAAAUGUCAAAAACCUAACAAUAACAAUACAAACAAAGAGGAAGAAAUGAAAAAUAAAAAGAAUAAAAUUCAGAUAACUGAUGAGAAUACCAAUGAUUCAUUCUCAAAUCAGUCAAAAGAUCAAAAUAAUAUAUUUGGACCAACUACAAGAAAAGCAUGGUCUGAUUGGUGUAAUAAUAAAAAUAAAACCAGCAAUAGUAGUGGACAAGAUAGUAAUGAAGAAAAUGUGGAUCAAGGGGAUGGGGAUAUAGAAGAGAGUUAUUAUAUUUUGAGUUGGAUAACAUAUUUAAAAACUAAAUGCAUUUUAAAAUUAUUCAUUAAUUUUAAUUUUUUGUUUUCAAUAGCUACUACAAGAUCAGAGCCAGCUCCUGGAUGCAUUGACAAAAAAUUAGCAACUAAAAUUGAAAAUGAAGUUGAAGAUGAUGAUAUUCCACAAAGUCUUUUUACUCUUUUAGAUACAUAUAAAAGUCAAAUGAUUCAAUUUAUUAAAUACAUGAAAUCAUCAAACUAUCAGUCUGAAAUAAAAAAGGAAAUUGAAAAAGAAAAGGAAAAGAAAAAAACCCUAUCAAUUAAAGCUUCCAAUUUAGAAAACCAGAUUCGUUACAUAACAGAAAGCAGUAUUGAUCUCCUUAACACUAGACUAAAGGCAAUUGGGUUUACAACUGAUAUAUCAGUUGAACUUCUCAAUCAGGUUCAUCAUAUUCUUGAACAUCUGAGUCAUCUGCAACAAGUUCAGAGAAGAAUGCUGAAGACCGAGGUUCCCUUUCAGUCUGAAUUUGGUAAAUUUUCACGUGAUCAUAUUUUAAAAGAAAUAAGUUCUACAUUAUCAGAAAGAAAAACAUUGUACAGUAAAUUGCAAAAUCUGGAAGAAGAAUUAACUUCACUUGAAAAAAUUUUAUUAACUAAAAGAAACCUUAAUGAAAUAUUUAAACAAUCUCCAAGUAUAGAAAAUGAAGAACACUUUAAAAAAGAAGAAAUCGAACAAAAACAAUUAGCUUUUCGUGAAUCUAUUAUCAUACCAAAUUUUGAAGAUCGCAUUAAAACUAUCAUUAAAAAUGCAUUAAUGGAAAACAGUAGUCCUAUACAAGAAGAAAGUACAGAUAAACUUUCUACAACCAAAGAUUUUUCACAAGGGGAGUCAACUAUUAAUGAUACUUCUAAAACUUUACUUCCUAAAUGUUCUCUUCAAGUAAUAAAUACUGCAAAAAUGCUAAAAGAAGAAUCACAUUUAUCUCCAAAGAAGAAUUUAGCAAAUGGUUUAAUCAGUCAUCAAGAAAAUAUCACAAAGAUUUUGUCAGAUAAGAAAACUAAAAGCUCAUUAAAUUCAAAAUUGUGUCUUGAGGAUUUAAAAUAUGGAAAAUUAUUACAUUCAGGAACAAUUAAAUUAACAGAAGUAUAUUCUCCAAUCAGUCCAAGUAGAACACCACCACUUUCUGAUACUGAAUGUCAAGAUUACAUUUCAACUGUAGGAAAUAUUAACACUUCAUUAUUUAACAUUCAUAAAAAUUUAUCAUUGAACUUUGAAUCACCUAGUCAAAAGUCUCUAAAGUUAUCUCCAAAAAGCAGUCCAGAGAAAUUGCAAUAUGUGGAAUUAGAAACUUCUGGCUUGAUUACUCCAAAAAAAUCACCUGAUGAUUCACUGUCUUCAGAAAGUGGUUUUUAUGAUAUAAAGAAUUCCAAACAGACAAAUUUUGUAAAGGAAGAAAAUAUUAAUGCUAGUCAACAUUCUAAAUCUCCAAGCAUAUCAUCUUGUGUAGACUUAGUACAAAAUCAUCAGUUUGGAAUUUCUAAACCAAGAAAUGGUUUUUCUAUUAAAGAAGAAUUAUUGCAAAAUAUUCUUCAUACUGAAAUAUGUAAUUUGAACAAAGAAAGUACAAAAAAUUUAAAGCGAAAAUCAGUUUCUAACAAUUUGUGCCCAGAAAAUAAAAUGAAACUGUAUGAAAUGGCAAAAUGGAAUUUUACAAAAUUGGCAACUUCUAAAUUGAAUAAUAAUCAAAUUAGCUUCAAAAAUAUCCUUGGUAGUUCAGGUAAGUAAUGGUUUCAUUAAUUAAUUAAUAAUGGUAAAAUGUUUAUUUUAUAAUUUAAAUCUAAAAUAGAAAAUUUUUCAAGUUUUACAUUUCAAGUUCAAGUUUUUAUUAACAUGUUCAUGGCGUCAGUAGAUA